AAGAGGCGUUGAUUUGUUUACGAUUUUCAAUUUACACUAUCCGUGAGGGCACAAUUUGCCUUUACAGGAUUUGAAAUUUCUGAGCUAGAAGUUUUUUUAGAUAUGGAUCGUAUUAAGUAACCACACAAUUAUUGUCCGAUUAAUUAUUUUAUCAGAAAAUUCAUUCUAACCCGGUUGCAAUAAUUUUUUCGGCGAUUUUUAAGUGUAUUAAAAAAUAAUUGUAGCAUAUGUGAUUUUCCAAAAAUGUCAGGAUUUCAUCAAGAAGUUAAACUAUGCGUUUUAGGGGAUUCCGGUGUUGGAAAGUCUUGUAUCGUUCAGCGUUUUGUGCAUAACACAUUUAAUCCAUCUGUUGAAAGUACGAUAGGAGCAUCUUUCAUGACAAAAUGUAUGCUUGUUGAUGACUGCACAUUUAAAUUCAACAUUUGGGAUACUGCUGGACAAGAACGGUACAGGUCUUUGGCUCCCAUGUACUAUAGAAAUGCUGGGGCAUCGGUGAUUGUAUAUGAUGUCACAAACUAUACAAGUUUCCAGUCUGUUAAGGGAUGGAUACGAGAAUUGCAGCUACAUGGACCAUCUAAUGUUAUAAUGGCUAUUGCUGGGAACAAAGCAGAUUUAGGUGAAAGGCGGGAAGUCCCAACCAAAGAAGCAAAAGAGUAUGCACGUUCAGUAAAUGCUGCCUUUGUAGAAACCAGUGCUUUAACUGCUGAAAAUAUCCAUGAACUAUUCAAAGAAAUUGCUCUUAGACUGCCUAAAAGAAUAUCCCCAGAAGCUCCCAGUCACGAAAUACGCUUGUCUGAUAAACCUGGGAAAAAGAAAAGGUGUUGCUAAUUUUGAAGAAAUUUGUGCAUUUUGUGCCUUCACUACUUUUGGAAUCGAUUUUGAACAAUGUACUUCUCAGUGAUAAGUAUUUCUAAUGUGAAUUGUUGUUGUUUUUUUAGAUAAUUUAUUUUUUCAUAGAAUUGCCAAUUUAUGAUCUUUUACACAAGAUACGUAAUUUAUUCUGGAAAUGUUUAUACAGUAUUGUUUUAUGUGAUUGUUCUGAUUUACACAAUUGUAUUUAGAAUUUUAUUUGUUGAUAUUCUGUAAUUUGCUGGUGAAAAAUAUAUUUUUUAUUUAA